CUUAAUAUCGCGAAAUUUCUUCGAUCAGCAGUCCGUGUCCACAUUGAAAAACAGUUCUUCUCGACUACGCAAAACAUAUAAGCGGUAUCAAGCUAAACAAUGGCGAACGCCCUUGUGCGUAUCAACUGCUUGCCAAAACAGCAGCUAGCGGCUCUUGUUCCAGCGGCUAUCCGCAGCUCGGCAGUAGUAGCCGAUUGCAGUAAGCAGCAGGUUCGUCGGCAGUCGGCCCAAGCAUCAGCACCACCGCCACAAACGAGGACCAAGUUUGGCGGGUUGGCCGACCAGGACCGAAUCUUUACCAAUCUCUACGGACGUCACGAUUGGCGCCUAAAGGGUGCUCUGAAGCGAGGCGAUUGGUACAAAACGAAGGAAAUUUUGUUGAAGGGCACGGACUGGAUUUUAAAUGAAAUCAAGGUAUCCGGUUUGCGUGGACGCGGUGGUGCCGGGUUUCCUACCGGCAUGAAGUGGUCCUUCAUGAACAAACCUUCCGACGGACGCCCGAAGUAUCUGGUCGUAAACGCGGACGAGGGUGAGCCGGGUACGUGCAAGGAUCGCGAGAUCAUGCGCCACGAUCCGCACAAGCUGAUCGAAGGAUGCCUGAUUGCGGGCCGUGCGAUGGGUGCCCGAGCCGCGUACAUCUACAUUCGUGGCGAGUUUUACAACGAAGCGUCCAACAUGCAGCUGGCCAUCGCCGAGGCGUACCAGGCUGGGCUUAUCGGUAAGAACGCUUGCGGAUCGGGCUACGAUUUCGACGUGUUUAUGCACCGUGGUGCCGGCGCGUACAUUUGUGGCGAAGAAACGGCCCUUAUUGAAUCGCUGGAGGGCAAGCAGGGUAAGCCGCGUCUAAAGCCGCCAUUCCCUGCCGAUGUUGGUGUGUUCGGUUGCCCGACGACCGUCUCGAACGUGGAAACGGUGGCCGUUGCACCGACCAUCUGCCGUCGCGGUGGUGUCUGGUUCGCCGGUUUCGGGCGCACGCGUAACUCGGGCACGAAGUUGUUCAACAUUUCCGGACACGUCAACACACCGUGCACGGUCGAGGAGGAGAUGUCGAUCCCGUUGAAGGAGCUGAUUGAGAAGCAUGCCGGUGGCAUUCGAGGUGGCUGGGACAACCUGCUCGGUAUCAUUCCUGGUGGCUCUUCGACACCGGUGAUUCCGAAGUCGGUCUGCGAAGACGUGCUGAUGGAUUUCGAUGGGUUGGUGCAGGCCCAGACCUCGCUGGGUACCGCGGCCAUAAUUGUGAUGGACAAGUCGACCGACAUGAUCAAGGCCAUCUCACGCCUGAUCAUGUUCUACAAGCACGAGAGCUGCGGACAGUGCACUCCCUGCCGCGAGGGUAUUUCUUGGAUGAACAAGAUUAUGCAUCGCUUCGUGGAAGGUAACGCCCGUCCGGCCGAGAUUGAUAUGCUGUGGGAAAUUUCCAAACAGAUCGAAGGACACACCAUUUGCGCUCUGGGUGAUGGUGCUGCAUGGCCAGUUCAAGGUCUUAUCCGACACUUCCGUCCGGAAAUUGAGGCUAGGAUGAAGCAAUACGAGCAGAAGCAAGCUGCCGGAAAGAACUAAAUUGUCCUCCUGUGUCUGGCCGGUUCCACUCCCGAAGCAUCCUAAAACUGUAGUGAUUAAAUGGGUAUAAAAAGCAGGCAUCCAGAGUGUGAAGAUACUAAACAUCAUAAAAGUCAGAAUUUUUGGAACAAGUUAGCACCAAAAGAUUGUUUAAAAUAUCGACAGCACGAAUAAAUUCGUUUAUUAUGUUACAAGCUGGUUCGUUGGAACAACUCAA